UAACAGCGCCAUUGGUUACUCGUUGACCGCUCGCAAAACAACUCUGGUUCUCGUUCGGAACGAGCUCCUCUUACAGUGGUUUUGUUCCGGAGCCCACCUCACGGCCGUUCAGGUCUUUUCUUCUCUCUCCCUCUUCCCAGAAUUCAUUGGGUCAGAAUCCAGCUCAUCCAACCAACACCCAUGCAACCCAGGUAUGCAGCACUUGAUCCCAAGACUACAGGUUGAGUCCUUGCCGGGCUCUCCUCACCUAGAGGACGUCACCUCAGGUGGCACUGUUCUUGUCAGCUCGGCCCCCUCACAUUGGGCAAUCUGGAAAUGGUUCCUUGUCCCAUCGGCUAGGAAUUUGGGGUGGCGAUGAGGGGAAUAGCAGAGUCGUAUCGCAGUCCGGACCUUGCAUAUAUGAAUUGAGUUGCCCUCCUGGUGGGUUGCUGUUUUGUCCCACUUCACCACGACGAUCUCAAACACAGAUAGGUCCUCUCCUCUCUCAGCUCUCGCUAAGAUUCUGUUGUCAAUCGGCGGUCACGAUGCAUAUACAGUCUUUCACCGUGCCUCUGCUGGCGGCGUGUCUGCCCAUCGCCUCCGCUCAGCUCGACCACUAUGCGAAGAAGGCUGGUCUGUUGUACUUUGGUGCUGCGACCGACACCCCUGGACAACGUGAGCGUGCCGGUCUAGAGGCGGCCUACGAGCAGUACGAUGCCAUUCUCGACGACACGAACGAGUUCGGUCAGACGACGCCGACCAACGGUCAGAAGUGGCUGUUCACCGAGCCUGAGCCCGGCGUCUUCAACUUUACUGAGGGCGACAUCGUCACCUCCAUCGCCGAGGAGAACGGCCAGCUCCUCCGCUGCCACGCUCUCGUCUGGCACAGCCAGCUCGCCCCCUGGGUCGAGACGACGGAGUGGACGCCCGAGGAGCUGACCAAGGUGAUUAUCCGCCACAUUCACGAGGUGGCUGGACACUACAAGGGCAAGUGCUAUGCCUGGGACGUCGUCAAUGAGGCCCUCAACGAAGACGGUACCUACCGCGAGUCCGUUUUCUACAACGUGCUCGGCGAAGAGUACCUCAAGCUGGCCUUCCGCACGGCAGCCGAGGUCGACCCCACGGCGAAGCUGUACUACAACGACUACAACCUCGAGUCCGUCGGUCCCAAGAGCGAGGGCGCCAAGCGUAUCGUUAAGCUGCUCCAGGAUGACGGUAUCAAGGUCGACGGUGUCGGCAUGCAGGCCCAUCUCGUCGCACAUCGCGCGCCUACCCUGGACCAGCAGAUCGCUGUCAUCCGCUCGUAUGCCGAGCUUGGCGUUGAGGUGGCCCUAACAGAACUGGACGUUCGCAUCGAGCUCCCGGUCAACGAGACGAACCUCGAGUGGCAGAGGGAAGCUUACAAGAACUCUGUCGGCGCCUGCGUCCAGGUCUCUGCCUGCGUUGGUGUCACCAUCUGGGACUUCUACGACCCCUUCAGCUGGGUCCCCUAUGUCUUUGACGGGGAGGGUGCCGCCCUUCUCUGGUUCGACGACUUCAGCAAGCACCCAGCCUACGAGGGCGUUCUUGAGGCGCUGAAGAACAAGACUGCUGCGCCGUGCAGGAGAAGACGGUCUCUGAACUCUGGUAAAAGCAAGAGGCUCUUCUGAGUUCAAGCGCAUCGUAGAUUGGGGAGUCAGCCCUCUGACUUGCGGCAGUUUACCAGCGUACUGGCUGGCUAUCGAUAAAGUCGGCGAGGCUUCAUAAGAACAAGACCAACCCGUCACCUGGAUACUUAAUUUGAAAAGUUCUGGUUAAAUACUGCAAUAUUUAUGAACAAGUUCUUCAGGGUCUGCAACCCCCUUUGAAUACGUGGCAUUGUGCCCGAGGAAUGAUGUUCACUCUCCAGGAGCUUGUAGCUAGAAAAGAGUGUCUUUUCUUGACUUACGUCACCUACCACUCCUGGGGCCGCUUCUCAGUGCCAUGUAGUAGUAGGGUUGAUGUCGGUGAUCAGUACUCCAAAUCUGUUUGAAUAACG